CAUGAUAAUUUAAAAAGAGAGUUUAUACAUUUGAUAUAUUUUAAGGAGGAUGCUGGUAGGAGUUCAAUGUGCGAAGGAUGUCCCGGACAAGCAAUGUGCAGAGCUCAGGGUGCGGUGGACCCAGAUCAGGAGGUUAUAGAUGUCAGAAUGGGGGCCAUAAAACACAAGAUCCUCGUGUUGUCUGGGAAGGGAGGUGUUGGAAAAUCAACUGUAGCAUACUUGUUAUCAUUGGCUCUAGCUAAAUGUCAAUCAUCUAAAGUGGGUGUGAUUGACUUGGACAUUUGUGGACCCAGUAUCCCGAAGCUCUUCAAUGUGGAGCACCAGUCUAUUUUACAGUCACCAUAUGGAUGGAAGCCUCUUAUAUCUCCCAAUGGCGAUAUCAAGGUAAUGUCUGUGGGAUCUCUCCUCGAAUCUGAUAAAAUGUCCAUCAUUUUCCGAGGACCGAGAAAGACAGGUUUGAUUAAAAGAUUCCUGAAGGAGACAUUCUGGGGAAAAUUAGAUUUCCUAAUUUGUGACACUCCCCCUGGAACAAGUGAUGAACACAUGGCGAUUGUCAAACUUCUGAAAAAUGUCAAACCAGAUGGAGCCAUCCUAGUUACCACUCCUCAGGAGGUUGCCAUGGCAACCAUUAAAAAAGAAAUCAAUUUCUGUAAGAAGAUGGGUUUGUCCAUCCUGGGGAUUGUAGAAAAUAUGGGUGGCUUUGUCUGUCCUUGCUGUAAGGAAAUGUCGGAGCUCUUUUCUGGGAGUGGAGUUACCUCCCUUGCCAGCAGCCAUGGUGUCCCUGUUUUAGGGCAUCUACCAAUGGAUCCAGUAUGUACCGUA